AAGAAAAAAAAGAAAAAGAAAACAUUUACGCCUAAGAGCCUGCGACUCGAACCGCCUCUCUCUCUCUUUCUCUCUUUCUCUCUCUCUGUCUCUCUUCUUUCUCAACGUCGUAGAGGCAUUUCAAUUUCAUAUUGUUCUCUCCACGUUCUUUCUCACUCAGAAAAUCUCAAAGAGAAAGACAAAAAGCAUUUCUCUCGUGUUGCUCUCUCCUCAUCUCUCCCCCAAAUCCUCACUCUGCGUUUCCCUUUUGCCCUAAUCCCUUCCCUCACGCCAUGGGCAAAGCCGUCGUCUCAGACGAAGAAGAUGAGGUCGAGCUCGAGGACGAAGAGAGGGAACCCGUUGAUGGCGACGCGGGAGACGACCGAGACGUUGAUGACGACGAGGGAGAUGAGGAAGACGAAGAAGGGCAGGAUGAAUAUGAGAAGGAUGGUUUUAUAGUGGAUGAUGUUGAUGAAGAGGAGCCGGAUGAAGAGGAAGAGAGGGUUGACAGUGAUGAGGAGCGACAGAAGAAGAAAAAAAGAAAGAAAAAGGAGGAAUAUGUCCUUGAUGAAGAUGACUAUGAGCUCCUUGAAUACAACAAUGUCAUUCCUCGCAGGAAGGAUAAAAAGUUUAAACGGCUGAAGAAAGCUCAGAGGCAGAAUGCAGAGGAGUCUUCUGGUUUUUCUGAUGAGGAGGAGUUUAGUCGAAGUGGUAAAAGUGGACGAACUGCAGAGGAAAAGCUUAAGCGCAGUUUAUUUGGCGAUGAUCAUGAAGCUCUGCUUGAGGACAUUGCUGAAGAGGAAGAACAGGUAGAAGAGGAAGAUGAUGGAGAAAUUGGUGAAGAGGAUGAAAUGGCAGACUUUAUUGUGGAUGAAGAAUACGAUGAAUCUGCUGUGAGGCAGAGGAAGCUGAAGAGGAAGAAAUCUAGGCAGGCACCUGGAGUUUCUUCGUUUGCUUUGCAGGAAGCUCAUGAAAUAUUUGGUGACGCUGACGAACUUAUACACCUUAGGAAGCAAGAAAUAGAUUCUAGUGAAUGGAGGGAAAGGAGACUCGAAGAUGAGUUUGAACCCAUUGUUCUAUCUGAAAAGUAUAUGACAGAGAAAGACGACCAGAUUCGGGAACUUGAUAUUCCCGAAAGAAUGCAGAUAUCUGAGGAAAGCACCGGGCCUCCUCCGUUGGAUGAAAUCAGCAUCGAGGAUGAGAGUAAUUGGAUAUAUAAUCAACUUGCUUCUGGUUCAAUACCUUUGUUUGGAAGAGGUUUAGGAAAUAACAAGGAAGGACAGGAUUUGUCUGUUAACAGGGAUGACAUCAUCAGAUUUUUGGAUCUUCAUCAUGUGCAGAAGUUAGAUAUACCUUUUAUUGCCAUGUACCGGAAAGAGGAGUGUUUGAGUUUAUUGAAGGACCCUGAAGAUGACAAUAAGGAUAAAUCUGAGAGAACACCGACUCUGAAGUGGCACAAGGUACUAUGGGCCAUUCAGGACUUGGAUAGAAAGUGGCUGCUCCUUCAAAAACGGAAGAAUGCACUCCAGAUGUAUUACAAUAAGCGAUUCGAAGAAGAAUCUCGGCGUAUUUAUGAUGAGUCAAGACUUGCAUUAAAUCAGCAAACUUUUGAGUCAAUUAUGAAGUCACUUAAAGCUGCAGAAACAGAAAGAGAAGUUGAUGAUGUUGACUCCAAGUUUAACUUGCAUUUCCCUCCUGGUGAGGCUGGUGUUGAUGAAGGGCAAUACAAGCGGCCCACUAGGAAAUCACAUUAUACUACCUGCAGCAAGGCUGGCUUGUAUGAUGUUGCCAGCAAGUUUGGUUAUAACUCUGAGCAAUUUGGAUUGCAGUUGUCACUGGAAAAGAUGAGGAUGGAUGAAUUGGAGGAUGCUAAGGAGACACCAGAAGAGAUGGCUUCUAGCUAUACAUGUGCAAUGUUCAAUUCACCUCAAUCGGUUCUCAAAGGGGCCAGGCACAUGGCGGCUCUUGAAAUUAGUUGUGAGCCAUGUGUCAGGAAAUAUGUUAGAAGCAACUAUAUGGAUAAUGUUGUGAUAUCAACUAGUCCAACACCUGAUGGGAAAGUUGCAAUAGAUUCUUUUCACCAGUUUGCUGCGGUGAAGUGGUUGCGUGAAAAGCCACUGACUAGAUUUGAAGAUGCGCAGUGGCUUCUUAUCCAGAAAGCUGAAGAGGAAAAACUUCUUCAAGUUACUAUUAAGCUGCCAGAAGAAAAGUUGAAUAAGUUGACAAGUGACUUCAAUGAGUACUAUCUUAGUGAUGGUGUUAGUAAAUCUGCUCAACUGUGGAAUGAGCAACGGAAGUUGAUAUUGCAGGAUGCUCUUUUCAAUUUUCUUCUUCCUUCAAUGGAGAAAGAAGCAAGAUCCAUAUUAACUAGUAGAGCCAAAAACUGGUUAGUAAUGGAAUAUGGAAAGGUCUUGUGGAAUAAAGUUUCCGUGGGACCAUACCAAAGAAAGGAGAAUGACGUUAACUCAGAUGAUGAAGCUGCACCUAGGGUCAUGGCUUGCUGUUGGGGUCCAGGAAAGCCAGCUACUACUUUUGUUAUGCUAGAUUCAUCUGGGGAGGUGUUAGAUGUUCUCUACGCUGGGUCCCUCACAUUACGGUCUCAAAAUGUUAAUGACCAGCAACGUAAGAAAAAUGAUCAAGAAAGGGUUUUGAAGUUCAUGACAGACCACCAACCACAUGUUGUUGUCCUAGGAGCUGUUAAUUUGUCAUGUACCCGCUUGAAGGAUGAUAUUUAUGAGAUUAUUUUUAAGAUGGUUGAAGAAAAUCCUAGGGAUGUUGGGCAUGACAUGGAUGGCCUCAGCGUUGUGUAUGGAGAUGAAUCUUUGCCUCGUUUGUAUGAAAAUUCUCGUUUUUCAUCUGAUCAACUACCUGGGCAGUCAGGCAUUGUUAAGCGGGCUGUGGCCCUUGGGCGUUUUCUUCAAAAUCCAUUGGCAAUGGUUGCCACUCUAUGCGGACCAGGAAGAGAGAUAUUAUCUUGGAAACUCAAUCCUCUAGAAAAUUUUCUCACCCCUGAUGAGAAGUAUCGGAUAGUUGAACGGGUGAUGGUCGAUGUUACAAACCAGGUGGGCCUUGACAUAAAUUUAGCUAUUAGCCAUGAGUGGUUAUUUGCACCACUGCAAUUUGUUUCUGGGCUUGGACCUAGGAAAGCGGCAUCUCUUCAGAGAUCCUUGGUAAGAGCUGGAGCAAUAUUCACUAGAAAGGAUUUUGUGACAGCUCAUGGACUCGGUAAAAAGGUUUUUGUCAAUGCAGUUGGUUUUUUGCGUGUUCGGCGGAGUGGGUUGGCUGCUAGCAGCAGUCAAUUCAUUGAUUUGUUGGAUGAUACCAGAAUUCAUCCAGAAUCUUAUGCUCUUGCACAAGAGUUGGCUAAAGAUGUUUAUGAUGAAGAUGGCGCAAAUGAUGACGAGGAUGCACUGGAGAUGGCAAUAGAGCAUGUUAGAGACCGCCCUAGUGUUUUGAAAACUUUAGCAGUGGAGGAAUAUGCGAAAAGCAAGAACCGUGAGAAUAAAAUAGAAACAUUUUAUGAUAUAAAGAGGGAACUAAUGCAAGGCUUUCAGGAUUGGCGUAAACAAUAUGAAGAGCCAAGUCAGGAUGAAGAAUUCUAUAUGAUAUCAGGUGAAACUGAAGAUACCAUUGCUGAGGGGAGAAUUGUGCAAGCCACGGUCCGUAGAGCGCAAGCUCAAAAGGCCAUCUGUGUUUUGGAUUCUGGAUUGACUGGGAUGCUUAUGAAAGAAGAUUACACAGAUGACUGGAAGGAUAUCUCCGAGUUAUCUGACAGGCUACAUGAAGGUGACAUUCUCACUUGCAAGAUAAAAUCCAUCCAAAAGAAUAGGUAUCAGGUAUUCCUAGUCUGUCGAGAGACUGAAAUGAGAAACAAUCGAUAUCAGAACGUUAGAGACCUCGACCCCUAUUAUCAGGAAGAUCGAAGCACCCUGCAAAGUGAGCAAGAAAAAGCUCGCAAAGAAAAGGAACUGGCUAAGAAACUUUUCAAGGCAAGACCGAUUUUUCAUCCUCGUUUUCAGAAUAUAACGGCAGAUCAAGCAAUGCAGUUCUUGUCUGAUAAGGAUCCUGGUGAAAGUGUUAUCCGUCCUAGUUCACGCGGACCCUCAUUUUUAACAUUAACGCUCAAAGUUUACGAGGGAGUUUAUGCUCACAAAGACAUUGUCGAAGGUGGAAAGGAACACAAGGACAUCACCAGCUUACUCCGCAUAGGAAAGACGUUGAAAAUUGGGGAGGACACUUUUGAAGAUCUUGAUGAGGUAAUUGAUAGAUAUGUUGAUCCUUUGGUGGCUCAUUUGAAGACAAUGCUAAAUUACCGUAAGUUCAGGAGGGGCACGAAAGCAGAAGUUGAUGAACUCUUGAGAAUUGAGAAAGCAGAAUAUCCUAUGAGGAUAGUUUAUUGCUUUGGCAUAUCUCAUGAGCAUCCCGGUACUUUCAUUUUGACUUACAUACGCAGUACAAAUCCGCACCAUGAGUAUAUUGGUGUAUAUCCAAAAGGGUUCAAGUUCAGGAAAAGAAUGUUCGAGGACAUAGAUCGACUUGUAGCAUAUUUUCAGAGGCAUAUUGAUGACCCCCAACAUGAUUCAGCACCAUCAAUCAGAUCAGUUGCUGCUAUGGUCCCGAUGCGAAGCCCUGCAGCUGGGGGCUCCUCAGGUGCCUCUGUCGGCAGUGGCUGGGGUGGUUCAACAAAUGAUGGUAGCUGGAGAGGUCAGUCUUUUGACAGGGAACGCUCUUCUACACCUGGUUCAAGAACAGGCCGCAAUGAUUUCAGAAAUGGGGGUGGCGGUCGAGGUGGACACCCAAGUGGGGCGCCUAGACCAUAUGGUGGUGGGCGUGGCCGAGGUCGAGGCUCAUACAACAGCAGAGGCAAUAACGAGAGACAAGAUUCUGGUUAUGAUGCUCCCAGAUUGGAUUCAGGUAACAAGGAUGGGGAUGAUGGUUGGGGCAAUAAUUCAGGGGGUGGUGGAGGCAGCACCUGGAGUAGUGGUGGUGGAGGCGGUGGCAGUGGGUGGAGCGGUGGCGACGGCGGCGGCAAGAGUUGGAGUAGUGGGGCCGGUGCCAAUGACGGUGAUGGCUGGAGUCGUGGAACUGGUGAUGCUGGGCGAUGGAGCUCCUCAGGUGGAAGGGAUGCUCGUGCUGCCACUGGGAACUCUGGCUGGGGUUCUGACUCCAAAAGAAGUUCAACUCAGCCGGAAAGUGGCAAUGGGUGGUGAUGGUUGGUGAAGCUAACAAAUUUCCAUUGGCUUUCCAACUGCAUGGUUGUCGUGAAGGCGCAGAAGGUGCUUCCUGUUUUCGAGGCCCCAUGUAAUGCCUUAGCUUUCCUCGAAGUUUUUGUGUCAACUUUUCUGCCCUGUACGUAUUUACGCUAUUAUAUAACGUAUCAAAUUAACGAGAAAAAAAGAACUUGUUCAGAUUUCAGAUAACUGAUUGUUGCUGGUUUGUUCCUCUUCCUUUUCCCUUCAUAUGUCUUCCUACUUAAGAGUCUUGAUUUCUUGCGUAAGUACUGCCUUUGCGUAAAUACCCCAAGCAUCACGAAUUAGAUGAAAUCUGGAGGAAGUCACUUGCACUUCAUUUUUUUUUUAAUUUUUUAAUUUUCUAGUUUUUUUACAACAA